AAAUGUAAUGUCAUUGGCUUUGCAUAAUAACUUUAGAGGAGGAGGGCAGAAACUCAAAGAAGGUUUGAGAUGUGUCGGAACAAACACGCCUUUGCUUGAAAGAAAAGUUGGAACCUUGCAAGGAUGAACAAGACACUACUGUUUGUCCUGAUUCUCUCAGGGCUGUCUGCUCUUUCAACAAGCAUCCUCCGAGGGCACCACUACAUAAAGAUAUUAAAGACCUGGGCUGAAGCUCAAACUUACUGUAGAGAGAAGUUCAUUGACCUUGCAACUAUAAACAAUCAAGAUGACAACGACAGGCUGCAGAGGGUGUUGAAGGACCCUGGAACAUUUGCAUGGAUAGGGCUUCAAGAUGAUAAGACCAGAUGGAAGUGGGCGAUGGGAAAUGCAGACUUCAACAUUAAUACAGAUUUUAGCAACUGGAGAUUAUCUGAACCUAACAAUUUGGGAUCCAAGCAGAACUGCUGUGUGGUUAAUGUAUUGACGGAAUGGUUUGACUUUCCAUGUACCGAUCUACGUGCUUCAAUCUGUUAUGACGCACGAGAUCCUUCCAAGUACAUUUCAGUGGACACUUUCAUGACUUGGUACGAUGCUAAGACAUACUGUAGGGCCAAACACACAGACCUCCUCACAGUGUGGAAUAAGUCUGUGAAUGAUCUAAUUGCCACACUACCAGAAAGAAGACACUGGAUGGGCCUCCACAGACAGCCCUGGGCCUACUGGUCUGACAAGAUCCCCACAACCUUCACUAACUGGGACUCCGGCCAGCCCGACAACGAAGGGUCAACAGAAUCAUGUACUGCAGUUGACACAACCACAGGAAAGUGGCUGGAUAUGGACUGUGAGAAAAAGUACUAUUUUGUCUGUCAAGAUGAAAUUCAGCACCAAACAACGUUGAAGUUAAAGUUCCAGUCUGAAACGGACCUGAAUGUUCCUGCUGUCCAGCAACAGAUUUUGGAGCAGCUGCAGACUCACAUGGCUGAACAUGAGUUACCACACGUUAAACUCCGCUGGAUUGAGAAGGAUGAGCAGACUUUUCACAAGCAACAAAAGAUGAUGAAAGAAGAAGAGCCGGCGUCUGAUCCGUCAUUGUGCGAAGGACGUCCUGAACAUCCUAAAACCUGACACUCUUCCAUGAAGUGCUAAUUUAACACAAUAGUUAAAGUUUGUUCUGUUAUUUAAGAUGUUCAUUUGCCUGUUUGCAAUUUUAAAAAAAAAUGUUGCACCGUAUAGUGAUAGUGGUUUAAAAUGAGUUUGAGAAAUAUAAACACGUCACACUUAAAUGUUUGAUGAAAAUCUUUCAAUGAUGGGCGUUUAUCUUUUCUGGCUUUGAAAUGUGUGGUCCUGUUAAUGAUGAACGUCAUGGUUAACAAUCAGAAUUUCUCACAAUGUGUUUUAUGUUUGUAACAAAGGCCUGGUUUGUGUAAGUGUGUGGUACUUUAUUUAUGCCGUUCUUCUAUUCAUAAUUGUGAUCAACAAGAUGGAGAAAUAAAUAAAUAAAUGAUUG